AUGGCCGCUCUUCUCAAGAAGCCAUUGAAAAUUGCCCUGGUGCAGCUGGCUUCAGGGGCCGAUAAGACUGUUAACCUUGCUCAUGCGCGGACAAAAGUAUUGGAGGCUGCGCGCGCUGGAGCUUCGCUGGUAGUCUUGCCGGAAUGCUUCAAUUCACCAUAUGGCACCCAAUACUUCUCCAAAUACGCUGAAACGCUUCUUCCGUCUCCUCCAUCUAAGGAACAGUCUCCUUCUUUCCAUGCGUUGUCGUCUAUUGCCCAAGAGGCCAAAGCAUAUCUAGUUGGUGGGAGCAUUCCAGAGUUCGCCCCAGAGAGCAAGAAAUAUUAUAAUACCUCUCUUGUAUUUUCGCCCACUGGUGCCUUAAUUGCUUCCCACCGGAAGACCCAUCUGUUUGAUAUUGAUAUACCCGGAAAGAUCAAGUUUAAGGAGAGCGAAGUUCUUUCCGCUGGUAAUAAGGUUACUAUUGUCGAUUUACCGGAGUAUGGCAGAAUAGGGCUUGCAAUUUGUUACGACAUCCGUUUUCCAGAAUCCGCUAUGAUUGCCGCUCGUAAUGGCUGUUUCGCGCUUGUCUACCCAGGUGCAUUCAACCUGACUACAGGGCCUCUGCACUGGUCAUUGCUAGGCCGUGCUCGUGCCAUGGACAACGAAGUCUAUGUUGCACUUUGCAGUCCCGCUAGAGACAUGAAUGCAACAUACCACGCUUGGGGCCACAGCUUGGUUGCUAAUCCCAAGGCGGAGAUCAUAGCAGAGGCUGCCGAGAAUGAAGAAAUUGUAUAUGCUGAUAUUGAUUCCCAAGCCAUCGAGGAGACCCGAAAAUCGAUCCCUAUAUAUGAGCAACGGCGAUUCGAUGUAUAUCCAGAUAUAAGUAAGGGCAAGAUCAGGUUCGAGGAAUGA